AUGGGCCUCUUCGUGCUCUUGGCUUUACAAAAGUUCCCGCCCAAGGAACAGAAGUUAUCCGGCACUUUAGCUACAGCACGGGCUACACUACCAUUGAUGGUACUACGACUAGGUUCUUGGACUACAGCUACAGCUGCUGACAUUGCUACUGCUGCUACUGCUGCUGCUGCUGCUGCUGCUGCUGUUUUUACAUAUAUCAUCCUGUCUGUGUGGGAAAACGACCAUUUUGGAACAUCCGAGCUUUGCAAUAGUGGCGCAGGCCUAAAGCUCCUUGCCAUAUUAGAGAAUGAGAAAGACAAACAGCUGCCUGGCGGUGAAUCUGUCCCUUCCCGUCGAUGUUUCGAAAUGGAAACUGUCAUCAUCUGGCUGCUCCAGGGCCCAACAAGCCUCAUAUCGCACUCCAUCGAAUUACCAAGUUCUUGGGCUCGGGAGAUCGUGCUCGUUGAUUGCGCACGACUCGCUACCAUGACAACCUUACUGCUUUCAUGCCACUACAGUUCCUCCUGCGCUUACGGUCUCCGACACACUCAAUCGCAUCACAAAUGGCGCGAAACUGGCAUCGUCGAAGCUAGGCUGGCUGGACCAGGGCAAAGCGGCUACACCUGCUCCAAGAACCAGCCAUGUCCCAAUGGCGCUUGUUGCGGCGUAAGCGGCUGGUGCGGUUACGGCCCAACGUAUUGUGGAAAAGGUUGUCAGUCCAACUGUGAUGCCAAAGCAGAAUGCGGCAAGUUCGCGCCAAAAGCAGGACAAUCUUGCCCCCUUAACGUCUGCUGCUCAGAGUUUGGUUUCUGCGGUACAACAAGCGAGUUCUGUGGCAAAGGUUGCCAGUCCAACUGUCAUCAGCCAAAAUCGCCAGGCCCUCCGUCAAACGUUCAGAAACGAGUAGUUGGAUACUGGGAAGCAUGGAAUACUCAGCAUCUAUGUGGUACUAUGGAGGCUGGAGAAAUUCCUGCCAACUAUCUGACUCACUUGAAUGUUGCAUUUGGAUACAUCACUCCAGAUUUUCGAAUCACUAACAUGGACGGCGUGUCACCUGAUGUUUAUGAAAGAGUUGGCGACAUCAAGGCUCGGAAUCCGAACUUGAAGCUGCUUAUUGCCCUCGGAGGUUGGAAAUUUAGCGACCCAGGUCCGUGGCAAAGCGUGUUUCCAGCUAUGGUGUCUACAGCGGCGAAUCGAGCAGUGUUUAUAAAAAAUGCCUUGAGAUUCUUAGAGAAUUUUGGAUAUGAUGGAUUGGAUUGGGAGUAUCCUGGAGCCGACGACCGCGGCGGCACUGAGAAGGAUGGCGAAAACUAUGCUAUGCUGUUUAAGGAACUGAGAGCCGCAAUCAAAGCCAGCGGCCGCGACUAUAUCGUCACAUUUACAGCCCCAACCUCGUACUGGUACCUUCGCCAUUUUGACUUGGAGAACAUGGUUCCUCAUGUUGACUGGGUGAAUUUGAUGUCAUAUGACCUUCACGGAGUGUGGGAUGGCAACAAUACAAUCGGCAAACAGGUCUUGGCCCAUACUAACUUGACAGAGAUCGAUCUUUCACUUGAUCUAUUUUGGAGAGUUGGAGUUCAACCAUCAAAGAUCGUCUUGGGUCUCGGAUUUUACGGCAGAUCAUUCUCUUUAAAAGACCCUCGCUGUUGGAAGCCCGGAUGUGCCUUUAGCGGUCCAGGAGAUGCAGGUCCAUGUUCUGGCACUGCAGGCAUCUUAUCUUUCAGAGGUAACUUUCGACUCAUACUCAUUAUUGUCCUUGGCGUGAAUGUGCUGAUAGAGCUGGCGUGUAAAGAGAUUACAGAUGUACUUCGCCGAACUGGCGCAACAGCUUACUGGGAUCAAAAGGCAGCCGUCAAAUAUCUGCCUUAUGGAAAGAACUCGUGGAUCUCUUUUGACGAUGCUCAAACGAUACAGGCCAAGAUCGAUUACGCGAAUCAACUCGGGCUUUCAGGCUUGAUGAUAUGGGCCGUAGACCUUGAUAAUGGACAGCUGGAUGCGCUUAGAACAAUCUCUGAUCCGUCUAUCAUUGGCAACGACGACACCCUAUUUGAUCUAGUCGAUGUCAGGAAUAUUUUUCCAACACAAUACCUUCCUCCUAAUGGAUACACUCCAAAAUAUGGACUAGUUAACUUUGGGGGCUCUCUAGGCUCAACCAAUAUGGAUCCAAGUAACGGCGGGUUUGGCUUUUUUCUCAUAUCAGGCGAUUCUCAUGUCGCUUCGCCACUAACUAAACGAGACAGUGAGCCAGAUCCGUUCGAAUUCCGAGAUUGCCAUGGCACGAAAGUCGCAUUGCAGUCUGGAAUUUCCAAGGCCAGAGUGGCUUGCUUUAGCGAUGAUGUGGAAGGCUGCUUCCGAGUCAUGGAACAAGGGAUUGAGAGUACACUGGUGGAGUUGCCAGACCAUGUUGGUGAUCUUUCUCUAGCCUUGGAUGAGGCCAUCGACUCUCUAACUCGUGUCGAUUUCUUAUUAGAUCAAUACAUUCCCAAAAGAUUUGACGACAGACAGCCAACCUCAGCAGUCUUCGACUUUUACUUCGAUUUCAACAUGGGUCUUGUCCGCCGAGAUACCAACAACACUAGCAUCCGAAUCGACUACUCAAAUGUCAAGGGCUACUGGAACUCUGUUGUCAACUCGCCCGGCAUCCAAUCUCGAGAUCUAACACGCAGAUUUUUCGCUCCAUCGCCUGUGGACUGGCAGAAAAAAUAUUCCAGCGGCGGCUAUUCGACAUUUGAAGAUUCCAAAUCUUUCGAUAUCAGUGACGAUGUACAAGCUCCAUUACUAUGGCAGACUGCUCAGGACUGUCCAGUUGAUGGGUCGACAUUGGAUGAAGGCAUUGGUGCUUACAUAAAAGGAAAGCUCAAUGCUCACUUCCUCUAUGGCUUCUCCAUGGUGGCAUCUCUUGAUCAAGGAGCGUUCCAUAUUCAAGAGUCCAAUGGAUUCCUGCACGUAUCUGGAAACACAAAUUUUACAUAUGCUGUUGGGGGAAUCGGAUCUCUCAGUAUAUCGGAAGCUGGCAAGGGAAAUCCCGCCAUAAGUGAUGAAGUUCCGGUGACGCUAGGUGGGCAUGCUAUCAACGCCGGUAAUUCUGCUGACAUGGCUACUUUUGAACCAUUCUACCAGAUUCAGUAUGGGAUAGCCACUAUGAAUGGAACCGACAUAAGAAGUUUCGGAGAGGACGCUGUUCCAUUCAACGGGCGGUUACAAACCAGGAUCCUGUCUGAUUUCGGCGAUUCAACGUUAUAUUUCCCAAUCUCGAAUGCAGAGUCAGAUAUGAGUCUCGCAAAGCGCAGUAAGAAUAACAUUGUUAUAUCGAAAUCUGACGUCUUGUAUAAUGGGUUGGGAAAUGGCGGAAGAAUUGCUCUGAGCAGCAUUGUUACAUUUGGUCUCAAAAGCAGACUGCUCUUGGGAGGGCAAAAUAUUCCUCUACCAAUCGAUCUACCCAACAUGUCUGUCAGCUACAAUACAAUGACCGAGUUCACCUUCUCCUCCGAAAAGGAACAAGAAUUGUCGUGUGCGGAUUAUGCGGUAACGCCUCUGGCCUACCAAUUUCAAAAUAACACUAAACUUGCUCGAUGGAACGGAGAUGAUCUGGCGGAAUUUGCUUAUGACUCGCAACUUCUUAAAGACGAAAAAAAGUGUUACAAUGAGACUGACCAUUCUUCACUUGGCGGCCGGGGGAAGCUAUAUGGCUGGGGCUACAGUGGCGGAAACUCGAUUGACAUCUCGACCUUCCUGCAAGAUCAAAAUAUUCUCAACAUGUUUGAUAAUAUUCAAGCAAGAUUCGGUUGCGAUAGCUGUGUCAGUUGCGAAACCGACCAGAAGAAACGCAAAAAGGGCAAAGAAGAUUUUUGUUGCGGAUGUGUAAGUAUGCAAUAUGUCUACGGCUAUACUGACUUCGAUGUCACGAUUGACCCUCCAGAAGAUGGAGACUGGAUUCCAGGCCACCAGCCGAGGAGCGAGCCGGAAAUCGAUGAAGAAGAAGAGCAACUAGGAAAACGAGUGGAUGGCACAGCUACAAUAUCUCCCAAAACGAUGAAGGCCUGCGGCGUAACAACCACACCGUACGGAUUGAACCAAUAUCCGGCUUUCCCAGCAGAUUCAACGUUUCAAUGGGAUGGUAUAGAACAUAAACGUUGGGACUCUAUCUCAAGGUACUGGGGGAACGCCUCUGCCUCUUGUACUAAUUGGGCUGCUGGCCAGCUGACUGUUGCCGACGAUGAAAAUACUCCAGCAGGCGUAUACCGGGCCAAAUACCAAACGGAGCAUGUCUUUGAAGGCCAGCUGAUAUCAAUCUUCUUCAACGAAUGGCUGGAUAAAGGGUUUUUGAAGCGCCAAAAUCCCAUGCCCAGCAACCCUCGGCCCAAAGUGCCUUGUCAAUUGAUUGAGGAUUACAUCCUAGACCCAAAUGGUCCAGCCUGGAAGCUUGAUGGCAAAGAUGCACCACGCGUUUAUGCAGGCCUAGUUUUCUCAUACAUGAACAACCCGAUCAUUUGGGGCAAAUUUUGCGAUACCUACGAGGCUCUCUAUGAUCGAUUUGGAGACUUUGAUAACUGGUAUGCCCGUAAUGGAGGUCCUAUAGCAAUUCCAUCCCUUCAGGACGAGUGGAAGGCAUAUAUGCGUGCGGUACUCGAUACCACUGUCAACAACUCGAGAGUAGCGUUCGAUAGACUUUACGCGCUAAAACGGUAUGUUAACAUUAUCGCACUAUAA